AUGAUAAGAUCUGUAUUGCAUUAUGUCAGUUCAAUCUGGACUAGUUGUGAUAAGGAGAAUUUAAACCGUAUUUUUAAGCUACAAAAGAGAGCAGCAAGGGUAAUUUCCAACGCUAAUAACCAGGCGUCUAGUGUUAAGACUCAACAGUCAGCAACAUAGUCGUGUAACUAGAUAUAGUAAUAUAAAUUUUAUUUGCCCAAAAUUUAAUCGGGUGACCGAAGGCGGCAGGUGGUUCGCAGUUUCUACUUGCCAACUCUGGAACAUCUUAAGUCUAGAACUUAGAAAUGCAUUAUCACUAGAAUCCUAUAAGAAUAAUUAUCGAAAUAUCUUAUUUAAAGAGCAGCAGGAAUUACACCAUUUCAUAGUUUAAUCAUAUUCUUGUAUGUAUUUCACUAGCCAUAUCACUAGCUCUUAUACUCAUUCAUAUUGAUGUAGAACUUCUAUAUUUCCUUAGUUUUAUUUAUUUUGUUCUUAGACUUUGUAUAUUCGGAAUCUUAUGUUUUUUGUCAUUUUAAUUUAG